AUUGACGCCAUUUUAUCAUUACCGGUCCUUUCGGUGUUCCUCAUCCCGACCCUCUCGUCCUAUAGCACGAGUCUCAAUCUGGUCUUCUUUUACAUGACCUGGAGCACUCUCGUCCUGUCACAUCCACCUCUUCGCGUCGAAUUAUUUGGGACUAUAAUCGUGCGCUUAAUCUUCUACGUCAUUCCGUCUCUGCUGUUCUUCCUAUUUGACAUCCUCACGCCGUCGGCAGCUGUGGUGGUGAAGGCGCAAGGCGAAGCUGGUCUCCCAACUGGCAGCAAGCAAGGCAAGAUCCGGUGGAAGGAAAUCAAGACCGCGGGAUGGGCUAUUGUCAACCUGGCACUGGGGAUUGCUCUGCAGGGGGUAAUUGAGUUGAUUCGGACGAAAUUAUUCGUACUGCCAAGCUCGCUGAAGGUAUCGAUGAAAUUGCCGAUGCCUGGGGAGAUGUUGAAGGAUAUGGUUUGUGCGACUUUGGGGAGGGAGGUGCUGGCAUACAUUAUCCACCGCUACGUCCUCCAUCGUGGAAACAAUUUCGCUGCCCAACAACACCAGUCCUGGUACCAUUCGCUCCACGCCCCCUUCCCUCUCACAGCACACUACGACCACCCACUCACAUACCUCCUCCUCAACUUCAUCCCGACCUAUCUACCAGCUAUGCUCCUGCGCUUCCACAUGCUCACCUACGUUGCCUACUUAACCAUCGUCUCCAUCGAAGAAACAUUCGCCUUCUCUGGCUACACAGUCAUGCCAACAAGUUUCUUCCUCGGCGGAAUCGCCCGCAGAACAGACGUCCACCUUACCAGCGGUGCAGAAGGGAAUUUCGGACCUUGGGGUAUCGUGGAUUGGAUCUGCGGGACGAGUGUGGGGGAUAAUAUUGCGGAUGAUAUGGAGGCGGAGGCGGAGGAGCAUGAGAUUGAUGAGAGUAUUCGGAGGGCGAUUGAGGCGUCGAAAAAGAGGAUUAGGGAGGUUGAUCAGAAACGAAGGAGGAAG